AAACCGUGAAAUUGAACUUUGAACGACAGUUUUCAGUGCAUACUUAAAUUAUUGGGCUACCCCAGAGUUUAGCAAAGGCGUUUAAGACAUUGCAUUUGAGUCUGAUGCGCUUGAGUUCCUAUCCAUGUUUUAUUCGUUUGGCGCAGAAUUUACAAGUUCAAUCAUGUAAACUACUUUCUACAGGACAAAAUUUACAACCAACAGUGGACAAUGCAGCUCCCAACUGGAUUUCUGUUUGUGGACAUUCUACAGUAAAAGAUUCAUGGUCCAAUUUAACUCCGCAUAUUACUGAGUUAACAAAACGAUCAUUGCAUAAUCAACAACAUCAUCCAUUGAAUUUAAUUAAACAGCGUAUUGUCGACUUCAUAUAUAAGCGUCAUGUUCGUCAUAAAUGCGAUGAUGGUCAUAAUGGGACACCGCUAUUCAGUCUAUAUGAUCAUCUAUCACCAGUGGUAACAGUACGACAGAAUUUCGACAGUCUUCUAAUCCCACCAGAUCAUCCAAGUCGACUGCGUACAGAUACUUAUUAUUUGAACGAGACAACCGUCCUACGUAGUCAUACAUCAGCGCAUCAACUGGAUUUACUCAGUUCCGGUUUAAAUGCUUUUCUUGUUGUCGGUGAUGUUUAUCGACGUGAUGAUAUCGAUUCAUUGCAUUAUCCUGUCUUUCAUCAACUAGAAGGUGUUCGACUGUUCACAUCAGAUGAAUUAUUUCGAAAUGCUAUUGAUCCAAGUCAUUGUCUUCGUCUAUUCGAAGAUAUUCCAUCCUCUUCACCGUAUAAUCAACCAGAGAUUCAUCCAUUCAAAGUGUAUCCAUCAUAUACACUUCCGUGUGAUAAACAACCAGGGCAUACAACAGAGACAAAAAUGCUACUGGAAUUCGAAUUGAAAACUGUACUACAAGAAAUGGCUAAAUUUUUAUUUGGUUCAGACAUACAAUAUCGUUGGACUGAAGCAUAUUUCCCAUUCACACAUCCAUCAUGGGAAUUAGAAAUCAAAACAAAAUCUGGUUACUCUGGUGAUGGUGGCACUGAAGAAUGGACUGAAAUAUUAGGAUGUGGUAUAAUGCGUCAAGAAUUAUUAGAACGUUCUGGGAUACCCAACAAAGUUGGUUAUGCAUUUGGUUUAGGCCUGGAGAGAUGGGCUAUGCAGUUGUAUCAGAUCCCGGAUAUUCGACUAUUCUGGUCAAAAGAUGAAGGCUUUUUGAAUCAGUUUAGAACAGCUGAUAUUCAUGCGCCAAUCAAAUACAAGCCAGUCAGUAUAUUUCCUCCGUGUAUACUGGAUCUUUCAUUUUGGUUAAAUAAAUCAGAUAUGUUACCGUCUUCAUCAUCCCCUGGUCCUGAUGGUUCAGAUAAUGUAAAAGUAAUCGAGAGGAAUAUUUUUGACAUUGUACGCUCUGAAGCUGGUGAUUUAAUUGAACAAAUUCGUUUAGUGGAUUCCUACACUGAUUCAAAAACAGGACGACAAAGUCUUUGUUAUCGUUUCAUCUAUCGUGAUCAACAUAAAACACUGACAAUGGAUGAAGUACGACCAUUGCAUGAAGCUAUUGGUCAAGUUCUAGCGGAUAAACUGAAUCUGUCGAUCCGUUAGUCUCCUACAAUUUCGAUGGUGACAUAGUUAUUCUUUAUUUCACUAUAACCCCUCCCUCCCUACUGAUUAUUGGUUGAUUAUAUAAUAAUAAUAAUCAUAAUAACCGAAAAUGGGGACAAUAACGAGAAUGAUAGAAGUUACUGCCAUCAUUUAUUGUACAUAUAUAUUUUUAUUUUGUUCAUAUUUGCCUUCUUCUGCGAGAGAUCAUUUCCCUGUGUAGUGGAACAACUCCUUUCCUUUGCCUUCCCCCUCCGCCCGAAAUACAAUUCAUCCAUGGCUUGUUGUUUGACACACAGCUGAUAUUUAUGUGAAUGUGUUAUUGAUUAAUUCGGGAAGUAUUGUUUCUGUGACCAAAUAGUGUUCUUUUUUUCAUUUCUCUGCUAACUUGUGGAUAUUCAUCUUCACACAUAUAUACAUGCCUAUGUACACUUGAUUUUUGUCUUCAUUGUGCCUAGUAUGCAUGCAUAUGCUUCUUUGUGAUGAGUGUUUCUUGUUCGUCACAGAGAUUGUACAUUAUUAUUAUUAUUACUGCUAUUAUUUCAGUUACAAUAUUACAGUUAUACUAGAA